GGGGCGGCCCUGGGGCGGGCGGUGCUGGCGGCCGCGCCAUCGCGGGGAGUGCUGGCCCGAGAUGGCGGCGGCGGGAGGCGGGUAGCGGGGGCGCGUUCGGCCCGGCCAUGCACUUCUCCAUUCCCGAGACCGAGACCCGCGCCGGGGACGGCGGCGCCGCCGCCUACGUGGCCUACAACAUCCACGUGAACGGGGUGCUGCACUGCCGGGUGCGCUACAGCCAGCUCCUGGGCCUGCACGAGCAGUUGAGGAAGGAGUAUGGCGCCAACGUGGUCCCGGCCUUUCCCCCAAAGAAGAUCUUCACGCUCACCCCAGCGGAGGUAGAGCAGCGACGGGAGCAGCUGGAGAAGUACAUGCAGGCUGUGCGGCAGGACCCGACGCUGGGAGGCAGCGAGACCUUCAACAGCUUCCUGCGCAAGGCCCAGCAGGAGACGCAGCAGAUCCCCACAGAGGAGGUGGUGCUGGAAGUGCUGCUCUCUAACGGGCAGAGGGUCAAGGUCACCAUCCUUACGUCGGACCAGACAGAGGAUGUCCUUGAGGCUGUGGCCUCCAAGCUGGAUCUGCCAGAUGACCUGGUUGGCUACUUCAGCCUCUUUCUAGUGAGACAGACCAAGGAUGGAGCAUUCUCCUUUGUGCGGAAGCUGCAGGAGUUUGAGCUGCCGUACGUGUCAGUCACCAGCCUGCACAACCCUGAGUUCCAGAUCAUCCUGCGCAAGAGCUACUGGGACUCGGCCUAUGAUGACGAUGUGAUGGAGCAUCGUGUGGGGCUGAACUUGCUGUAUGCGCAGACGGUGUCAGACAUUGAACACGGAUGGAUCCUUGUUAACAAGGAGCAGCACCGGCAGCUGAAGUCCCUGCAAGAAAAGGUCUCCAAGAAGGAGUUCAUCCGCCUGGCGCAGACCCUCAAGUACUACGGCUAUCUCAAGUUCGACCCCUGUGUCACCGACUUCCCUGAGAAGGGCUGCCAUGUCGUUGUCAGCGCCGGCAACAACGAGCUCAACUUCCAGGUGCGGCUGCCAAACGAGCAGAUCAAAGAGGGCAGCUUCAAGGUCACACGCAUGCGGUGCUGGCGGGUCACGUCCUCGGUGCCGAUGAGCAAUGGCCCUUCGGGGAGCAGCCCAGGGAAGUCUGAGGUGAAGCUGGAGCUGGCUUUUGAGUACCUGAUGAGCAAGGACCGGCUGCAAUGGGUCACCAUCACCAGCCCACAGGCCAUCAUGUUGAGCAUCUGCUUGCAGUCCAUGGUAGAUGAGCUGAUGGUGAAAAAAUCUGGAGGCAGCAUCCGCAAGAUGUUCCGGCGGCGGGUGAACGGGGCCCUGCGGCGCUCAGACAGCCAGCAAGCUGUGAAGUCACCCCCGCUGCUGGACUCCCCUGAUGCCUCCUGGGAGCCCAUGGCCAAACUCUCGAGCAAGCUCACUUCUGUCAGCCUGCGGGGGAUCAGCCACUCCAGCUCUGCGAACGAUGUGGGUGCUAAUGACUUCCACGGCAAUUACGCCUUUGAGGGCAUUGGCGAUGAGGAUCUGUAGUGCCCCCUUCCCAGGACAGCCCCGGCCUGAGCAAGGGCCUUCGCCGAGGAAUGUACGACCUGCAGCCAGGUUGCAAUCAACGUGCCUCUCACCUGCUACAUCCACCUUUCCCUGCUCCCCGGGGCUGGGAGCUCACCCCCAGCCCGCCACUGCCUUCGGGGUGGGGGCAGCUGAACUCCUCCCGCUGCUGGCUCCAGCUGGGAGAGGGCUAGUGUGACCUGAACGGUUUGCCUGGGCAGAGCCCUGGAGCUGCAGUGCAGGGCCUGGCCCAGCACGGGGGCAGAGCUGCUCCUGUCCCAGCUGGGAAGGCCUGGCCCAGCCUGGGGGCAGACCCAGGCAGGCUCCAUAAUGCCAAAAUAGCAUUUAGGUUUGUGCUCUGAGACAGAGUGCAGUAAGCUGUCUCGGGGGGCUCCGCGCAGAGUCCCCUCUAACCCGCUCAUAGACGCCAGCGUAAUCUAGGCUUGUAACCACGUAUCUCCUGCUGCUCAGCCCGACAGAGCAUUAAUGGACAGUAACUGAUGUUUACACACUGCAGCAAUGAUUAAAAUGGAUCCUGAUUGGUA